AUGGGUGCACACGUAUCGAGAAAUGAUUUUGAAUGGGUCCAUACUGAGGAGCCGCACGCCAGUCGACGAAAGAUUAUUUUGGAAAAGUAUCCAGAAAUCAAGAAACUCUACGGCUAUGACCCGAAUUUUAAAUGGGUGGUCACCGGGAUGGUGUUCGCUCAGUUCGUAAUGCUGCCCCUGGUGCCGUAUAUGAGCUGGCCCAUGGUAAUUAUCGUCGCGUACUGCUUUGGAGGUGUUAUUAAUCAUUCCCUUAUGUUGGCAAUCCAUGAAAUUGCACACAGCCUAGCCUUCGGUCACAAUAGGCCACUACACAACAAAUUGUUUGGCUUCUUCGCGAACCUACCGAUUGGAAUACCAAUAUCUAUCAGUUUUAAGAAAUAUCACUUGGAGCAUCAUAGGUAUCAAGGCGACGAGAAGAUCGAUGUUGACCUACCGACUUUGGUAGAAGCGAAGUUAUUUUGCACUACUGGUGGUAAAUUGGUAUGGCUCUUCCUGCAACCGUUCUUCUAUUCCCUAAGGCCGUUGGUGGUGAGACCCAAACCACCAUCGCCAAUGGAAGUAAUCAACCUGAUCUUACAAAUCAUGUUUGAUAUGCUCGUGGUGAAGUUUUUCGGAGGCAAAGCGUUGGGAUAUCUCCUUAUUGGAUCUCUUCUAGCUAUGGGCAUACACCCUGUUGCUGGCCAUUUUAUAUCGGAGCAUUAUAUGUUCAAAAAAGGCUUUGAGACAUAUUCCUACUAUGGUCCACUUAACUGGAUCACCUUUAAUGUGGGAUACCACAAUGAGCAUCAUGACUUCCCAGCGGUACCGGGGAGUAGGCUGCCUGAGGUGAAACGCAUAGCACCAGAGUUUUACGACAAUUUACCACAUCAUGACAGCUGGUCGAGCGUAUUGUGGGACUUCGUGACCGAUCCCGAUAUCGGGCCUUACGCUAGGAUCAAACGCAAGAACCAGGGCCUAGACAGUUAG